UCAUGGUUUAUAUGGAAGCUUCAUCUUGACUUCCCCUCCUCUCUCCAUCUCUGUGAGCAGAGCAAUAAUGGAGAGAGAUCAGAAGUCGUGGUUGAACUCGCCUCUAAUUCACAUAUCUGAAGAUGAAGUGAAUCCGAAAGACGGGAGACUAGUAGAUGAUAACAAUUUCUCAAGAAAACUAAUAGCCGAGGAAGUAAAGAAGCAGCUAUGGCUAGCAGGACCUCUAAUAUCGGUCAGUUUUCUGCAAUACUGUUUGCAGAUGAUUUCCAUCAUGUUUGUGGGUCAUCUCGGCGAAUUGCCUCUCUCCGGUGCUUCCAUGGCCGUUUCUUUUACAUCGGUGACUGGUUUCACCGUCUUGAUGGGGAUGGCUAGUGCUCUGGAUACGUUUUGUGGCCAAUCUUACGGAGCAAAGCAGUACCACAUGUUGGGCAUCUAUAUGCAAAGAGCAAUGGUUAUUCUUUUACUUGUGAGCAUACCUCUUGCAGUCAUCUGGGCUAACACAGGAGAAAUCCUGAAAUUACUUGGCCAAGAUGCUCAAAUUUCAGCAGAAGCUGGGAAAUAUGCUAAAUGCUUGAUUCCAUGCCUUUUUGCUCAUGGUCUUGUUCAGUGCCUGAACAGAUUUUUACAGACCCAAAACAUUGUUUUCCCAAUGAUGAUGAGUUCUGGAAUAGCAGCUUUGCUUCACAUUGCCCUCUGUUGGGUUAUGAUAUUCAAAGCUGGGCUUGAAACUCGAGGAGCUGCUUUGGCAAACUCCAUUUCUUAUUGGAUCAAUGCAUUGAUAUUGAUACUUUAUGUUAAGUUUUCUUCUUCAUGUUCAGAGUCUUGGACUGGCUUUUCAGCGCAGGCAUUUCACAACAUCUCAUAUUUCCUUAAACUUGCAAUCCCUUCAACUGUCAUGGUUUGCUUGGAACUGUGGUCAUUCGAGAUGGUGGUUCUUCUGUCUGGACUUUUACCAAAUCCAAAAUUAGAGACAUCAGUGCUUUCUAUUAGCCUCAAUACAGAUUUAACCGUUUGGAUGAUACCAAUGGGUCUGAGUGCUGCUGCUAGCACGCGAGUUUCAAAUGAACUGGGAGCUGGUCGUCCUGCAGGUGCAAAGCUAGCAGCGUGUCUAGUUAUGACAAUAGCCGUUAUUGAGGGGCUACUGCUUGGGACUGUCUUGAUUCUUAUACGAAAUGUUUGGGGUUAUGCAUAUAGCAAUGAACAAGAAGUGGUCAAAUAUGUUGCGGAUAUAGUUCCCAUAAUUGCAGUGUCCACUUUCUUCGAUGGACUUCAGUGUGUUCUUUCAGGCAUUGUUAGAGGAUGUGGUUGGCAGAAAAUUGGGGCAUAUGUCAAUCUUGGAUCGUAUUAUCUUGUGGGUAUUCCAUCUGCAGUUUUGCUUGCUUUUGUCUUGCACAUUGGUGGAAAGGGGCUGUGGUUAGGCAUCAUCUCUGCACUGGCUGUCCAAACACUCUCUCUUGCCAUCAUUACCAUCCGCACCAACUGGGACGAAGAAGCAAAGAUAGCUGCAGAACGAGUGUACGAGUCAGUCAUUCCAACGAAUGUCAUCGCAUGAAACUAAAGCUCUUUUGGGUGGAGAAGCUUUGUCAUUAAUCUCUUUGCCUUUGGAAAUCAACAACUUGUGCAAUAUGACUCAUCGUUAAAAGCUUUUGAGGAUUUUUGGAAAAUCGUAUGUAUUCCUUAACUGUUCUGAACUUGAUUCAAUUAGAUUUUGGAUCAAUUAAAUUACGAUUUAGAUUGACCCACUAUAACUUCAUCA